AUGAGACAAGGUCUCGUCACUUGCAGUUUUAAGCAAGCGGACAUCAAUCCUGAUGAUGAUCGUGGUGAUGAUGAUAAUGGCGAUGAUGAUGAUGAUGGUGGUGGUGGCGGUGGUGGUGAAGAUGAUGGUGGUGGUGGUGGUAAUGGUGAUGAUGAUGGUGAUGGUGAUGAUGAUGAUGAUGGUGAUGGUGAUGAUGAUAAUUGCGAUGAUGAUGAUGGUGGUGGUGGUGAUGAUGAUGCUGAUGGUGGUGGUGGUGGUAGUGAUGAUGAUGGUGAUGAUGAUAAUGGCGAUGAUGAUGAUGAUGAUGUUGGUGGUGAUGAUGGUGGUGGUGGUGAAGAUGAUGAUGGUGGUGGUGGUGGUGGUUGUGAUGAUGAUGAUGGUGAUGAUGAUGAUAAUUGCGAUGAUGAUGAUGAUGAUGAUGGUGGUGGUGAUGAUGAUGAUGAUGAUCAUGGUGGUGGUGGUGGUUGUGAUGAUGGUGAUGAUGGUAUAUACAUCCUAACUCUCGCUCUCAUUCACUUGCUUUUUAUUUCAUUCUGUUCAUACCUACCUGACUAUCUAUUCCACUCUGUUUGUAUCUAUCUAUCUAUCUAUCUAUCUAUCUAUCUAUCUAUCUAUAACAUCAGUUCAUAUCUAUCUAUCUAUCUAUCUAUCUAUCUAUCUAUCUAUCUAUCUAUCUAUCACAUUCUUUGUAUAUCUAUUAAUGCAUCUUCCUCAGUCAAUUCAUAUUUGUCUCUCUUUCUCAGUCAGUUCCCAUCUAUCUAUCUAUCUAUCUAUCUAUCUAUCUAUAACAGUCUUUGUAUAUCUAUUAAUCCAUCUUCCUCUGUCAGUUCAUAUUUGUCCCUCUAUCUCAGUCAGUUCAUAUCUAUCUAUCUAUCUAUCUAUCUAUCUAUCUAUCUAUCUAUAACAGUCUUUGUAUAUCUAUUAAUCCAUCUUCCUCUGUCAAUUAAUAUUUGUCUCUCUUUCUCAGUCAGUUUCUAUCUAUCUAUCUAUCUAUCUAUCUAUCUAUCUAUCUAUCUAUCUAUCUAUCUACCGAAUGCUAUGGACAAAACCAAUUUUCAUUCUUUCUUUCGUUUACUUUCUUUAAUUCUGCAUUUUCUUUCUUUUCGUUUCCUUUCUUUUCUUUCUAUCAAAUUUUAUUCUUAUCUAUCUGAUUUUAUUUUUAUCUAUCUAUCUAUCUAUCUAUCUAUCUAUCUAUCUAUCUAUCUAUCUAAGUCUCUUCAUUAUCUAUCUAUCUAUCUAUCUAUCUAUCGAUCAAUUGAUCGAUAG